UACAUCCCAUUUUAGUAUGUGUGCUGUGGCUUUGUUUGCAGCUUUUUCAUCAAUAGCUAUUUCUACAGUAAACCAUGGAGAUUCCAGAGCCUCACUUGCAAGCCUUGACUCCAAUCCAAGCACUAACGAAAAGAGCAGUGAGAAAACAGACAACUGUGAAAAGAUUGCAAGACCACUGUCCCUCAUAGGACUGACAAUGAGAUUUGACAAGCUUGAUCAGGCAGAAACGAGGAGUCUUCUUAUGUGUUUUCUUCACAUCAUGAGGACCAUUUCAGAAGAGACAUUGAUUUCCUACUGGCAAAGGGCACCCAUUUCGGAGAUAUCUGAUUUCUUCAGCAUAUUGGAGUAAGUCCUGCAACCUAACUAUAUAUUGUUAUUUAUGUUGUUAUAUACAGUUAUAGACAGAGAGACAGACAGACAGACAGACAGAGAGAUGUAGAUAU